AUGACCGAUACAAUGAAUUCGUUCCGCCGACCUAUUAUGAGAGAAACUACCUUGGGAACCAAUGAUCUCCAGCUGGAAUAUGAUGGGGGCGCCUACGUGCUUCGGGAGAAGCACGAUGCUCCCGAGCCUCACAAAGACUACCGUACGGUUCAGGUCGAGUAUUCGCUUCUUUCCGCAAUCAAAGCCAAUGAUGGCUAUUUCUUCCUGUGCCUUGGAAUCUGCCAGGGUACAUGCGAGAAGGUUCUGUGCUUGUCCACCGAUAAUUCCUCCAUUGUCAGUGUGCCGCAGUCAAUGCUGGUCACCGUGGACAACAACGACCUCAUCGACGCGCAAUUCAUGUCGUUUGUGGUUGCUGAUCUUGUUCGCCAGCAUAUCCUGAGAUUGAGGCCCGCUGUGGGUACACUGCUUAUGUACAAGCCCGAUCCUGGCCUUGUGUCUUUGCUGUCUGGUCGAACGGUUGGCGAGGGUCAGUCGAUUGUGUUCACAACAUGCAAGCCAAGUAAUGCGAAGAGAAGAAACUGGAUCUAUGUACACGAAAGAACUCCUGCGCGCACUAUCGAUGCACUUAUUCCGCGCGACGUUGCGUUGAUUAUCGAUCUAUCUUCCACUGCUGCGUCCAAGUAUGGACUUGGGACCAGAAUUGCCUCAUUGCGACCUCAGGCCGGCCAGAAACUUGGCUUUUCUAAUCUUGUCCACAGCACGGCAUCGCCGAUGUCAACCCCUGUCCCUGAGAGCAUUGGGCUGCUUCUUAAACAAGUCUCGGGGUUUGCACAAUCCCAAAUGAAUGGAGUUCCAGACAGAGCACCGCUCGACACUCUCACUAUUGGAGAAGCCGUGACGAAGCAGCUCCCAGAGUCGAGCCUAGCAUUAAUUCAAUGGGACCCAAAUCAGUCCGUUUCAGUCUUAGUGGAGCCAAUCACCGUGAGGAAUGACCUCUUCCGGAGUGAUAGAACCUACUGGUUGGCGGGCCUGGCGGGAGACAUAAAACAAUCCCUGGCUGAUUUCAUGAUUCAACGCGGUGCGAGGCACAUCGCUCUCAGUAGCCGCAACCCGAUAAUCUGCCCUGAAUGGCAGAAAUUGUGUCAAGCCCGUGGAGCGCACAUCAAGUACUUUACAUGUGACCUGACCCAGUAUGCGUCAGUUCGAUCGACACUCAGCGCGAUCGAAAGCAAGAUGCCUCGGAUUGCCGGCGUUGCUAAUGGUGCCCUUGUGCUUUGCGACACUCCCGUGGCGACGAUGUCCUUCGAUGACCUCCAGACUAGUCCUGAAACCCAAGGUGGACGGCACCGUGAAUCUCGACAGCGCGUUCGCGCACCAUGCGCUGGACUGGUUCAUCGCCUUCUCGUCGAUCGUCGGGACGGCCGGUAACAUGGGCCAGGCGGCCUACUCGGCGGCCAACUGUUUCAUGAAGGCGCUGGUGAACAACCGGCGCCGCCGGGGCCUCGCCGGGACGACUGACAAGGAGGAAACGGAGCGGCUCAUGAACCGCACCGGCACCAUCCCUAUGUUCGAGCCGGAUUUGCAUCAGCUGUUCGCAGAGGCGGUGGUUGCCGGCCUACCGGGGACGGCGCCCGGCUCGGAGCUCAUCACGGGCCUGGCGCCCAUCGGGAUGGCGCAGGCGGAAACUGCCUUCUGGGCCGCCAACCCUAAGUUUGGACUCUUGGUGCGCGAUCAAACCAUCUCCUUGACUGUCUCCACGCUCGGCGAGAAUGGGCUCUCCAUUGCCCAGGUUCCCGUCUGGAUUCAGCUGCAGGAUGCUACCUCGCCGCAGGAGGUGUCGACCCUUAUCCAAGGUAAGUGA